UGGCCCCAUCACUCUCAUCUCAGCCAUCAAACUCCUAAGCUGCCACACGCUCUCACUUCUCCCUCGAUCCAAAGAAACCCUUUGCAUCAUAACUAUAUAUAAGCAAGCAGAUCAAGAGUACAGAAUCAUGAAAAUGAGGCAAAUGUUACUGUGCCUCUUCAUCAGCUUCUUCUUUUUCUUCCUCUGCCUUCCUGGUUCCUCCAACGCAUCGCUUCUCCCAUUCCUCGAUCGUCCUGGAAGUCUGCUGACUGAUUUCUGGCCGGAGCGUUUUCCAGACCCAUUUAGAGUAUUAGAACAGAUACCGUUUGGGAUUGAAAGGGAUGAUAACAGCUUGGAACUCUCUCUAGCGAGAGUAGACUGGAAGGAAACACCUGAAGGUCAUGUUAUAAAGCUAGAUGUGCCUGGGCUGAGAAAGGAGGAUGUGAAGAUUGAGGUGGUGGAGGAGAAUAGGGUGUUGAGAGUGAGUGGAGAGAGGAAGAAAGAGGAAGAAAAGAAAGGUGAUCACUGGCACAGGGUGGAGAGAUCAUAUGGUAAGUUUUGGAGACAAUUUAGAUUACCAGACAAUGUAGAUUUGGAGUCUGUUAAUGCUAAGCUUGAAAAUGGUGUGCUCACUUUGAGUUUCUCCAAGUUGUCUCCUAAUAAGAUCAAAGGUCCUAGGGUUGUUGACAUUGCAGUUGAUCAAGAGAGACCUGAACCAGCAAAGCUCACAAACAGUGAGAGCAAACAAGAGUUGUAGAUGAUCUUCGAUCAUGUGUGAACUUUGAAGAGCUGCUUUAUCAAGAGAGAAUAAGGACUUGUGGUUUCUCUGUUCUGUUUGUGUCGAAGUGUUGUGUUGAAUGUAAUAUAAUCCAAGAGCUUCUUGUUUAGUGAUCAUCCCUUGAAUGGAUUGACGAUACCCAUCUUAUGUUA